AUGACAGGAUAUCAAUAUACGAUAGGCUACUUUACACAAACACAAACACGUAAGACAAGAGAAUGUAUAAAAAACAGAUUUUUAACUACAAAUGGUUCAUUUGGACAUCAGCAACAACAACAAUAUCGACAACAAUGUAAUUUACAGAAUAGUUAUAGAAAUAAUAGUAGUAAUUGUUUAAAAACAACAAAUUUAUAUUCAAAAUCUUUUUUAUUUAAAAAUAAUAAUUGUAAUAAUAAUAAUAGUAAAAGGACAUUCAUAUCAACACAAAUUAAUAGUUUAAAUUUCGAUUUGAUAAAGAAACAACCGACCUCUAUUAAUGAGGUGAAUAGCUAUCUCUCAGAGUUGAGUGCACACUCACCGUUUGCCUCUGAGAAUAUCAGGAUAUCGUUCUUGUCGGCGGAGCGUGAGAUCCGAUCGAUCAAAGGUUUGAAACUCUAUGGUUUCAACACGGAGCGUUCUUGGCUGGUGAUCGUCGCUGGCAAGGAGCCAAACCAGUGGUCUACCAUCUCACUGUCAUCGUACGAAGUCCGUUCCUCAUCGUCAUCGUCAUCCUCCAAUAACAAUCAAUUCUCAACCAACAACAAUAAUAAUAAAAAAGAUUCAAACUAUGAAUAUAUUGCAAAUUCAAAGAGAGUUUCGUCUGUUGUGUUUAACGAUUGGCUAAAGAGAUCAAAGAAACAGUUUCAAACCUUGAAUGUAGAGUUGAAUUCGCAGUUGAAACCAAAUAUAUCGUUGGUAAGUGAUUCGCCUAGAUUGAAUCCUUUGGUUUCCGAUUUCGAUAGUCUGAUCUUGAGUAGCAGUGGUUUGAAUAGACAUCGCAGAAAGAACUAUAUACUGGAAAUUAAAGAUAUCGAUUUGAAUCUACCAGAUUCAAAAGUCUUAAAUAUUGCAGAGAAUAUUAGAGAUGAAUUAAAAUCAUCUAUAAAUGGAUGGACAUUGAUAUCGGAUAAACUACAGAUUAAAGGACAUUCAACUGGUGAAUUCAUUUGGAGACCUUCAAGUAAUAACAUUGUACAGCAACAACAACAACAACAACAAGCAGAUAAUAGUAAUAACAAUAAUAACGAUAACAUUAGUAUGGAAGAUGGUUAUGCAAACUUUAGAGGAAAUCUAUCAAUGAAACUACCAGAGAACACUCCAGAUGUAAAACAAUCUGGCUAUAUUGGUGUAUUUUCACCUAGUGAUACUUUUAAUUUCGAUUUACAAGAUAAAUAUAAAUCUGUUGUAUUCAGAGCAUGUACAGAAGGUAGAUCAUAUGGUAUAGGUAUAUUGAAAAAGGAUGAUAAUAAGAUGGUUUAUAAGGCAAUGUUCACUACAAAUCCAAAUACAUGGGAAGACAUCGAACUUGUACCAUCAAACGAAGAACAACACUCCUUAUUGAGCGAUAGAAAGAAGAAUCUAAAUCAGAGAUACAAAUCAACCAACACCAAUUUAGAUGAUAUCAUUUAA